AUGUUCCCUAGUAAAUUGUAUGAUUUACAAUUAACUCCAUCUCUGAAUAAGUUUAAUUCUGAUUUCGAAAGUGCUCGAAUGAUAGAGUCAUUCAGACAACUAUUAAUUUAGGACGAUAAGGAAAUACUCACAUCAGCUAUGGAUCUCAUGAAAGCAAUUUCAUAUUCACUUUACGGCACAUGGUUUUAUUGGAAAGUAUUGACUGAAAUUUGUAAAGGCGAUGAUCUCAACAUAAUAAGUUAACAAUUGGAGAGAAAAAUCAUUAUUUAUGAUAUUUGUGAAAUUGAAGAUUUGAAAUGUCAAGUGAUUAAUUUUGGAUACAAGAAACGCAUAUAUUUGGCUCGAUAUUUAAAUUACUUUUAUGUGGUGGGCAAAAAGGGCACAUCUGAAAAGCAUAAACUUAUCAAGGAUAUUUUAAUGGAUGUUAUCAAUGAAAUUAUAGGGUUACCUAUCAGAAGACAUAAAAGAUCUUACUCAGAUGCUUUUAAGUACUUCUCUGAUCAAAAGGACAAUCGAACCAAUAAAUUGAACAUUAAAAAUGUGCCAUUAUCACCCUCCAAUAUAUCUCGCACCAGUUUACAAAUGCAAUUGUUGGAUGAAAUAAAUCAAGAGAGUGACUCUCUUCUUAAGGAAUGCAACUCAUUGAUUAAUUCCCCAAAUCCUUAGAAUGACCUUUUACAAUCACUCAAUUUAAAUUUGCAAGAAGGUACUAACAUAUUGUCGAAUAUAAGAUAUUUUGGAACCUUAAAGUUUUAUGACGAAGCAAGAUCUUAUGGCUUCAUAAUUAUGGACAUGGAUGGAAGUGAUUUGUUUGUUCAUUGUGAUGAUCUCACUAAAGCAGGCAUGACUAAGGAUUUCUUAAGAACUGCCAAACAUGGUAAUAUCAUUAGGUUUUCAUUUCUUAUUCUUGAAUACUUUGGAAAGUACAACAAAAGCAGAAAAGCAGUAGACUUAUAGUUUAUUCAAGGACAACCUUAUUUCAUGUGA